AAGGUGACCAUCAUCUCUUAUUUGAAAUCUUUUACCAGUCCUUGUGAACUGAAAGAGAUUUCUAAGUCAAUUCUAAUUUCAAUUCAUUACAGUUACAACCAGGAACGAUGCUCACUUUCUUGGUUGUGAUACUUUGUAGUUCAGCUGUGAUCUGUGCACCUCGAAAUGGUUCGGAACAUUCACAAUUGGAUAGCUUAGAUGCCUCGUUUGCAUUACUACCGGGUUCAGAAGAAAUAGAAUGUGAUGCAUACUACACUGAGAUGACCGGAUCUUUCAACUCUCCACGAUAUCCAGGUCAGUACCCUAACAAGGCAGACUGUCACCAUUAUAUCACAGUCGCUGCUGGGUAUACAAUCAACCUUAUAGUGAAGGAUUUCCAAACAGAAAGUUGUUGUGAUUAUCUGAAGGUAUACGAUGGGAAUACGAUCGACGAAUCAGCUUUGUUAGAAUUGCGAGGAUCAGUACCAGGAGACAGUGCAGCUAGGUCAACUGGAAGUAAAAUGUUGAUUUAUUUUCACUCAGAUGAAAGUGUAACUGAAUCUGGAUUUGAGGCUUUUUAUGUUGCAUUAAGUACAGGAUGUGGUGGAUCUUUCACUGAUAUGACAGGAUCAUUUAUCUCACCGAACUAUCCUAGCAACUAUCCUCUUACAGUUGACUGUUAUUACUAUAUCACAGUGGCUACUGGAUAUAUAAUAGAACUUAUCAUCAGAGAUUUUCGUACCGAAAGCUGUUGCGACUAUCUGAAGGUAUAUGACGGAACUACAAUAAACCAAGAAUUGUUGGUAGAUUUAAGAGGACAUGUUACUGCAGGUACUGUGGGAAUGUCAACAACAAACAAAAUGAUGAUCCAUUUUCACUCAGAUGGUACCGUUACAGAUUAUGGAUUCGAUGCACAGUAUAUAACGUUAAGUCAAAGUUGUGGUGGAUAUCAUACCGAAAUGGCUGGAUCUUUCAAUUCCCCAAACUACCCUGACACUUACCCUACUAACAGUAAUUGUUAUUUCUAUAUCACCGUCACACCUGGAUUUGUGAUUCGAAUAAUUUUUAAGAAUUUUCAAACGGAUAGUGGAUUUGCUUUUGUUAAAGUUUAUAAUGGCAUAUCAAAAAACGAAGAAUCUCUCAUAGAAUUGGAAGGAUCAAUUCUAGAUGACAGGACAGCCAUAUCAACUACUAAUAAGAUGCUGGUUUAUUUUCAUUCUGACGGUGGAAUUUCUGAUUCCGGGUUUACAGCCCAUUACAUGGCACAGAGUUCAGAAUGUGGUGGGUACUAUACAGAUGUGAGUGGAACAUUAACCUCUCCAAAUUACCCUUACAAUUAUCCUGAUAACGUAGACUGUUAUUAUUAUAUAACAGUCUCUACACAGUAUAUCAUACAGCUUACUGUUGAUGAUUUUUGCACGGAAUCGUGCUGUGAUUUUUUAACGGUUUACGAUGGAGAUAAUAUUAAUCUAGAUGUUCUACUUGAUAUACGUGGAUCAAUAUCCGGUGAUGGAAUUACUAGGUCAACAGGAAACAAGAUGUUAUUAUAUUUCCAUACAGAUGGCAGCACAAGUUAUUAUGGAUAUCGUGCAUACUAUUCAGCCAUAAACCCUGUUUUCAGUGGACAGUACAGUGACCUUACUGGUGUUCUUCAUUCUCCAAAUUUUCCAAACGACUACCCUAAUCGGGCGGACUCUUUUUACUACAUCACAGUGGACUCUGGAUAUGUUGUAAACCUUCAAGUGACGGAUUUUGAAGCAGAAGUCUGUUGUGAUUAUCUUAAGGUUUAUGAUGGACAUACAAAUGGCCAACCGUUACUAUUAGAUUUAAGGGGCUCGCAUUCAAACGUAGCAACUGUAUCAACACAAAAUGUCAUGCUCGUGUACUUCCACUCAGACUCCAGCAUCACGGACUCAGGAUUCCAGGCAUAUUAUUAUAGCAUUAGUACAUCUUGUGGUGGAUAUUUCGCAGACAUGACAGGGACAUUUACCUCCCCUAGUUAUCCAUAUAAUUGGAAUUAUUAUGCUGAUUGUAAUUAUUACAUCACAGUACCAACUGGAUAUUUCGUUCAGCUAAUUCUGAAAGAUUAUCAACUCCAAAGUUGUUGUGACUCGAUUGUUGUCUAUGAUUGGCUCUUGAACUCACGCUAUACCUUGUUCGAAUCGCAGCAAUCUGGUUCCAAUAAAAUAUUAACAUCAACAGAGAAUAAACUCAUUGUGCAUUUUAGUACAUCAUACAGUGGAGCGUAUUCAGGAUUUGAAGCGUACUAUUUUGCAUUCAGUCCUAAUUGCGGUGGCUACUUUACAAACAUGACAGAAUCAUUUACCUCUCCUAACCAUCCUGAUGAUUAUCCGAACAAUGCUGACUGUUACUAUUUAAUCAGUGCACCACCAGAUCAUAUUCCUCAACUCAUCGUGGAAGAUUUCAAAACGGAAAGCUGUUGUGAUUCGUUGGAAGUAUAUGAUGGUUAUUCCGUAAACCAACAAACACUGCUUCAAUUGCGUGGGACAGUUCCAGAGGAAAGUAUUGUCAGAUCCACGGGUGAACUCAUGCUGGUUCAUUUCCAGUCGGAUGUCGGUGUCACAGAUUCUGGGUUUCGUGCUCAUUAUAUAGCUUUGACGUCAGACUGUGGAGGCCACUACUCAGAUCUGAGGGGAUCAUUUACCUCAUCUAACUAUCCCGAUGAGUAUCCAAACAAUGUAGAUUGUUACUACUACAUAACAGUACCAAUAAAUUAUGCUAUAAAUAUUAUAUUGAAAGAAAUUCACUUUGGUGCCGCUGGCUAUGAUUAUCUUACGGUUUUUGACGGAGAUACUGAAGAUCAUCCAAUGAUAAGGCAAUUAUUUGGAGAUUAUACAAACUAUAGAUUAAGGUCAACAGGCAAUAAGAUGUUACUUCACUUUCAUACAGACAGCAGUGGAACAAAUAUCGGAUUCGAUGCAUCAUAUACAGCAGACAUCAGUGAGGUUCGACUGAUAGGUUCUGAAUUUGAAAAGGGCAGAUUAGAAAUUUAUCAUAAUGGAAUAUGGGGAACAGUUUGUGAUGACGAUUUUGACGCCCAGGACGCACAAGUGGCCUGCAUGGCUUUAGGUUUCAGUUCAUAUGGACCACCAUAUACAGCAGGAGACGGACGGGAUUCUGAUACAAUAUGGCUUGAUGAUGUUGCCUGUGAUGGAAAUGAACUAUCCUUAACAGACUGCAUGCAUCCCGAAUGGGGGCAACACAACUGUAAUCACGGAGAGGAUGUCGGAGUUGAUUGUAGAGGAGUACGAUUAGUUGGGUCAGACGUAGACAGGGGCAGGUUAGAGAUAUACCAUGAUGGUCAAUGGGGAACUAUUUGUGACAAUGAUUUUGGUCGAAAUGAAGCCAAAGUAGUAUGUUUAGCUCUAGGCUUGAGAUCAUACGGACUGCCUUUUACAGCUGGAGAUGGAAGUGGUCCAAUUUGGCUUGAUGAUCUACAAUGUAUCGGAAAUGAAUUCACUCUAUUUGACUGUGCGCACCUGCCGUGGGGUACAUUCAACUGUGAUCACGGGGAAGAUGUUGGUGUGGAUUGUAGAGAAGAAGUUAUAGAAGUUCGAAUAGCGGGAGGUUCCAGCUUUGGUCGCCUUGAAGUUUACUAUAAUGGAAUAUGGGGAACUGUUUGUGAUGAUAGCUUUGAUAUAUAUGAUGCUAACGUAGCUUGCAGGAUGAUGGGCUACAGUUCAGCAUAUAAUUUCUAUACUGCUGGUGGUGGAAGUGGCGAAAUAUGGCUUGACGAUUUGGAGUGUAAUGGAUAUGAGACAUCCUUAGUAGAAUGCUUACAUCCAGAUUGGGGUUCACAUAACUGUGCUCACAGCGAGGAUGUUGGUGUUGAAUGUAGUUAAAUUAUGAAGACGUAAACAGUUUACUGCUUACCCUUCCGGAGCACCUGAGAUUACCCCCACUUUUUGGUGGGGUUCGUGUUGCUCAGUCUUUAGUUUUCUAUGUUGUGUCUUAUGUACUAUUAUUUGUCUGUUUGUCUUUUUAUUUUUCGCCAUGACGUUGUCAGUUUAUUUUCGAUCUAUGAGUUUGACUGUCCUGAUGGUAUCCUUCGUCCCUCUUUUUAAAAAAUGUAGGGAAGAAAGAAGAAAAUGAACGAAAUGUUAACUUAAAAUCAUCAUGUUGUAAUUAUUAAUCAAAUGUUCAUUUUUAUAUUUAUUAUCAAUCAAUCAAUAGUUUUAAGGUCUUUUCCUUUUAAAUUUUAGUUUGUACAUAUCAUUUCGAAAAAGGCAUACUGUGAAUAUUCCAACGUUAAUAGUCAUGAUUAACUAUGUUACAGGCUAGUUUCUGUACAAGUUUUCAUGAGUUUCCCCAAAAAUAAAUUACAUCUCUUCUUUUUAAAUGCUUGCCUUCAAUUAACAUAGAAAAAGUCCAUUCAAAUUAUAUAGUGUACACUUAUAACUAUUCAAUUUAAAUAUAAUUUGUUUAAGUUAAUUAUUGAUCUUUAGUAAGCUAACUAUUGGUUUGAAAUGAAAUAAUUUAUAUCAUGUUUUGUUCUUUAGAAGUUAUAACAACUCUUAUUAUUAUUAUUAUUUUUAUUAUCAUUGUCAUUGUUAUUAUUGUCUCUGAUGCACCAGUAACCUUAAAUAAAUAAAACAAAUGAUAACACAUA